AUGACCUCAUUCUUGUUUGUGAAUAGCCAGUACCUCGGUGGCAGGGCACGGCAUCCCUCAGGAGGUUCAGAACUCUGGCCAGCGCCCGCCGCGUUCCGCGUGGGCGCAUCCCGGCGCUGCCGUAGGGAGGCUGCCGUGGGGCUGGAGAGACGCUGCUCUGCAGGGAUCACUCCUCGACAAGGAGGAAACACCUUUUCAGGCUCUUCCACAAAAUCUACACAACCUUCCCGCCUCCCCGAGGGUCCCCGCCGCGCUCCCCGCAGCUCCCGCCGCCGCUGCUGCAUCGAGGGCCCAGGGCGCCCUCUCCGGAGCGGGUCAUGUCGGGGGGGACCGGCCGGGGCCCCGCUGCUGCUGCUGGCGCUGCCCAGCCCCAGGCCGGCGGGUGAGAACACAGAGUUGCCUCCCUCCUCCACAGCAGGAGAUCACUACUUCAUUUUGGAAGACAUAGUGCCACCAGCUCUUAGUUCUACAGUCAUUAUCAUUGUCACCACUGUCAUAUCGUUAAUAAUGGAUUUGGAGUUCAGCCAUUGUUACCAAGUGUUCUCUCUUGGUGAGACAGAAAGAACCCAGGACCUUGGGAAUUGUCUGAAUUUGUCAUCUUUUGAAAUUGUAAAGACAAACUGGACACACUUUUGGAACUCCAAAGCAAAAAAGGUUGGAGAUGGAAUAUUUGAAAUGCCUGUGAGGAAAAUUUGAAAGAGAAACUCUUAUUUUUACAAAUCUGUCUGUGUGGGAAGAGCCAACUCACAUUAUUUUGAAGAGCUGUGUUGCCAGCAGUUCAUGCUAGGCAGGUUUUGGAUCUCAUCUGUGUCUCUUGGGCAUCUAGUGCUCCUAAUUGAACUACAAAGAAGAAAUACAAGAUCCAGGACCACUUCUAUUCUGGGAGAGGGCCACCAAAAAGCAGUUCAGCUCUAUAUGAAGACCUGGAUGUCACUGAGCAAAUAAAAUCCAUUAUUCUUAACCAAAUGUCCCUGCAAUGGAUCACAGAACUUGUGCUUAAAACUGAAAUGUUUAUUUUGCCAAUUUGAAGCUGUAUACAAUGUUUUUCCUCUUAAAUAUGUAUUUCAGUAUCUCUGUGUAUCUGUGUCACAAGUAAACUUAACUGAAGAGCUGAUUUCUAUCAGAUGAAAGACUGCCCUUGGCAAAUCAAGCAUGUAAUAAAACAGCAGUGUAUUUGAUAGCCGCUUAGGUAAUUUGUUUCAGAAUUAAGCCAUCUAGAAAAUCUUCAGACCUAAAUCAGGAGAGAAACGAUCACAUUCGUUACAGCCAUAUGUGACAGCAUUUCUUUUAAUAUAUUACAUUUAUUUAAAUUGUAGUUCCUAGCAUUUCACUGAACAGGUCUAGCAUACUACAGGCCAGUGGCUUCCAUGCUAGCUCUGGGAGAGUUGGUACCCCAAACUUUUUCCCGGAUAUCUUUUCUUUGCAAUUAUAGGAUGAUUGUUGUCUCUUAAACCAAUGACAGCUGCAGAAUCAGAUAAUAAUGUUAUAAAGUGUACCAAUAUUAGUGAUAGCAAAAGGGAUAAAGUGUAGAGAAAAGAAUUGGAAGAGAAGUCAAGAAAAUAUGUAGGCAAUCAAAGAUCCUUCCCACAGUGUAUUAUCAUUCAUUCAGAGGUGGGUGCAAAGGUAACCCCAACUGCUCCCUAACUUGUGUUCCCAUUUCCUCAUCUUUCUUCUGCUGAUCUUGACUCCUCCAGCCAUUUCCAAAGGUAUCUUCAAUCUCUUCCAUGGUCCUAAGUCCCCAUCACAGCCAAGACUAUGAAUGUAGCCCAUUCAUUCUCCUUAUUUACCUGCCUUAAUAUUGUUUUUUUAAUAUUUCUCCUCCCAUCCACUCCAUAUUUCCUGUGACAUUCCCAUUAGUCAUGCCUCAGUGCACAACCCUUAUUACUGUUGCCACUUCUGGGUUAUUUCAAUUCUAUCUGCCAGAAAUUAUUGUUCCUGUAAUUGUUCACUAGAUGUUGUAGGGAACAUUAUAGAAAUGAAACACAAACUAUAUAACCAUAUAAAAAAGGCUUCAAAUGGCAUUUAUACAGUGUUCUUCAUCUUUUCUUGUAAAAUAUAAAGCAAUUCUUCCCACAUUAAAGAAGAAUUCUCACUUAAAUACACCUGAAGGUCCUUAGAACGCUGCUACUUGCAACUAUGCAGCUCAGUUCUCUAAGAAGUCAUCUUGUACCAAAAAGAAGCCAAAGAAAGAUGAGACCCCUGAAAGGAAGAAUUCCACUUAUAAUAUUCCUAUACAGAAAUUUACCUACAUUUUGUCUCCUGCCUGUUCAUUGUAAAAUUCUUAAUGUUUAUUUGUAUAAGCCUUCUUUCCAUCUAUGUUUGUCAUUUGGGAUCUCUUCCCUGUUUUUGUCCUCAUGAUCAGCUUUGCAUUUUUUUCCAGAGUUUGUCUGGAAAAACAUAUUUCAUUUUUGCCUUCAUGUGCUGUUGUUUUGUAUUUUAAAAUUGCUGAAAUAUAGACUAAUGCCACUCUUAAAUGAAUACAGCUUAAUUUUAAGUCUGGUGUCUAAAUAGUAUGUAAUCAUCUUAGUCUGUAGACCAAUGAAGUGAGAUGCUGUAAUAGUGAAAACAACAGAAAAGUUUUGAGGAGAAAUAUCUAUGAUAUUUUGUGUUUUGUGUUUUAUAUUUUGUUUUCACUAAAACCUUUUCUCACACCUUAACUGUUUCUAAUUGAUAACCCUCA